ACGACUUUCCUAGUUUUGUUAACUAACUUCCAAUGGUUUCUCUGCGCUUUCCCUUCUUGUUUUCUCAGCCCCCAAAGCCCCCCAAUAACAAUGACAGGGCUCCCUCCAGGUCUUUCUACGCCACCUCCGCCGUGGCUUCCGUCGCUGGUGCCGGCAUUGCCGUCGGCGUCGCGGUCUCUCACAACCCCACAAACCCGUUUCUCCAAAAAGCUUUGAAUUUUUUGGGCAACAGUUUCUCACCAAACAACAAUCACUCCUCUCCCAUAUGGGGUUCACUCUCUAUGGAUGGCAACCCAUCUAUGGUCCCCGAAUCAAAGACCGGAGUCUCGUUUCCAUCCAUUCUGAAAGAUUCUCAGCGGCUUCUUGGAAUUGGGUUGCGGAAAAAGAGGGUGUUGGGUUUGAAGAACAUCGAUGUCUACGCAUUUGGUGUUUAUGCUAACGAUGAUGAUGUUAAAAAAAUUCUGGGUGAGAAAUAUGGGGAACUAUCGGCUUCUGAACUGAAUAAACUCAAGGAGUACAAUGAAGAUCUCAUGGAAAAUGAUAUAAAUAUGACAGUUAGACUUCAAAUAGUUUAUGGAAGAUUAAGCAUUCGAUCUGUACGUAGCGCUUUCGAAGAGUCUGUAGGAAGCAGGCUACAAAAGUUUGGGGGAUCAGAUAACAAAGAAUUGCUUCAAAAAUUUACCUCCCAGUUUAAAGAUGAAUACAAACUACCUCGGGGAUCUAUUAUAGAUCUCUCAAGGGAACAGGGUCACGUACUUCGCACCACAAUUGAUGGGAAAGUGGUGGGAAGUAUCCAAAGCAAACUCCUAUGCCGGUCAAUAUUAGAUCUAUAUAUUGGUGAUGAUCCAUUCGAUCGACAAGCCAGAGAGAACAUCGAACAAAACUUGGCUUCUCUCCUUCAAAAGUAGGUCUCCGAUCAUUGAAAAUCUGUGAUCCGUGUAUCCACAUGAGAAAUUUUAUCUUCACCAUUAAAAUUGUAUCUAGUUAAAUUUUAUCAUGGAUAAUGAGUUAUGCAACUUCUGUUACAUUUCAAUAUUUUAUUAUGUGAUUAUUGAGUGCUUGAAAAAAAAGUAUAGAUUAUGUUA